GCGGCCGCUCUGCGCGCGAAGCUCGUGGCCCGGGAGGGGUGCGGUCCGCCCGGCGGAGGCGGGGCCCUGGAAAGCUUCUCCCUCCUCAUAGGCUAACCGCUCCGGUCUGGCCGGCCCCGUGGCCUCGGGAUUCGCCGGGGCGCUGCCAAUCUUUCCCGUAGGCCCCGCCCCUCCGGAGUUGGGUAAAAUAAGAGGCGGGCGUCCUGUCAGCAGUCGCGGGGCAGGUACGCGCGCUCGCAGCUUUCUCGCAGAGACCUGCAGUGGCAGGAGCGGGCUCCGGGGAGCGGGGGAGCGGGGGAGCAAGGGAGCGCGGUUGGGGCGGGGCAGGAGAAAGUGUCCGCCCGGAGGACGUCGGCGUUUACGCGUGGCCAGCGGAAGAGUUUGGCUUUUCGUGCGCGCCUUCGAAAAUCUCGCCUGCUGUGGGCUGAGGGGUCCGCCCGGAGCCCUCUCUCCUCCGCCCGCCGCCCCGUGCCGAGCUCGCAGGCCCGAGCCAGCGUGGGCGACGUGGGAAGCUCGUUCGACCUGCGCCCAGCGCCCGGAGCCGCCCCUCGAGUGCCCAUGGCUACGCGGGUGCUGACUAUGAGCGCCCGCCUGGGACCCGUGCCCCAGCCGCCGGCCCCGCAGGACGAGCCCGUGUUCGCGCAGCUUAAGCCCGUGUUGGGCGCCGCGAACCCAGCCCGCGACGCGGCGCUCUUCCCCGGCGACGAGCUGAAGCACCCGCACCACCACCCGCAGGCACAGCCCGCGCCGCCGCAGCCGCCGCAGCCGGCGCCGCCGCCCGCCGCGGGCCCGCGGCUGCCCGCCGAGGAGCUGGUCCAGACGCGAUGUGAAAUGGAGAAGUAUCUGACACCCCAGCUUCCUCCAGUUUCCAUAAUUCCAGAGCAUAAGAAGUAUAGACGAGACAGUGCCUCAGUCGUAGACCAGUUCUUCACUGACAGUGAAGGGUUACCUUACAGUAUCAACAUGAACGUCUUCCUCCCUGACAUCACUCACCUGAGAACUGGCCUCUACAAAUCCCAGAGACCGUGCGUAACCCACAUCAAGACCGAACCUGUUACCAUUUUCAGCCACCAGAGUGAAACGACGGCCCCUCCUCCGGCCCCGACCCAGGCCCUCCCCGAGUUCACCAGUAUAUUCAGCUCCCACCAGACCGCAGCUCCAGAGGUGAACAACAUUUUCAUCAAACAAGAACUGCCUACACCAGACCUUCAUCUUUCUGUCCCUCCCCAGCAGGGCCACCUGUACCAGCUGCUGAACACACCGGAUCUAGAUAUGCCCAGUUCUACCAACCAGACAGCAGUGAUGGACACCCUCAAUGUUUCUAUGUCAGCUGCCAUGGCGGGCCUUAACACCCACACCGCCGCCGUCCCGCAGACUGCGAUGAAGCAAUUCCAGAGCAUGCCCCCUUGCACAUACACCAUGCCAAGUCAGUUUCUUCCCCAGCAGGCUACUUACUUCCCCCCGUCACCACCAAGCUCAGAGCCGGGAAGUCCAGAUAGACAAGCAGAGAUGCUCCAGAAUCUAACCCCACCUCCAUCCUAUGCUGCUACGAUUGCUUCUAAACUGGCGAUUCAUAAUCCAAAUUUGCCCGCCACCCUGCCAGUUAAUUCCCAAAACAUCCAGCCUGUCAGAUACAAUAGGAGGAGUAACCCCGAUCUGGAGAAACGACGCAUCCACUACUGCGAUUACCCGGGCUGCACCAAAGUUUAUACAAAGUCUUCUCAUUUAAAAGCUCACCUGAGGACUCAUACUGGCGAGAAGCCCUACAAGUGCACCUGGGAAGGCUGCGACUGGAGGUUCGCGCGCUCGGACGAGCUGACCCGCCACUACCGCAAGCACACGGGAGCCAAGCCCUUCCAGUGCGGCGUGUGCAACCGCAGCUUCUCCCGCUCUGAUCACCUCGCCCUGCACAUGAAGAGGCACCAGAACUGAGCCGCCUCGCAGCGCUGCGCCCAUGUAUCGCCCGCCGCCGCCGCCGCCGUGCAGCUCACUUGGCAAAAUCCUAAACUACAAACUUAACUCUAUAUAUAAAAAAAGAAAACGACAACAAAAAACUGGAAAUGUAUAUUUUGUAUAUUUGAGACAACAGGGAAUACAUUGUAUUGAUACCAAAGUGUUUGGUCCUUUUCAGAAUCUGGAAUGCUCGCUGUAACCAACCCGCUUUUACCCAAGCAGAUCCCAUCAUCUCAGACAGGCAGCCCCAUCUCAAGCCUGGGCAGGGGGUGCAGGGUGUGUGGGCAAAGUUCUUCCCCCAAACACCACCACUUGAUGUGACAGUGUUUAGUAACUAAGUCAGUUGGGAGACAUAGGAAGCCUGGAUUGUGUGUCAAGAUUUUCCUUGACAUCAGAGGAGUUUUUUCAAUAGUAGUUAAUUCUUUAGAGGUGCACAGCAUACCUGGCAAUUCACAAAUAGCCAUUGAACAAAUGUGUUGUUGGUUUUUUUUUUUUUAAAUAUGAGUUGCCUAUAUUUGCUAUUCAAAAUUUUGUAAAUAUGCAAAUCAGCUUUAUAGGUUUAUUACACGUUUUCUAAGAGUCUUUGGGAAAAAAAAUCAUAAUUCUUUUGAAAAUAACCAUGAGUACAUUUACAGUUAGAAUUUGUGGUGAGAUACAGCUUAAAACCUUAACCAAAUUCAUUUCUCUAGGGCGAAGAGAGAAUAAUCAUUCAAAUGGACUUCAGAAACCGAUUUCAUGCACUGAUUAAAAUGGGAUUGUUUAUUUUAAAUAUGACCGACAUUUUGUAUGAAUUGUGAACUCAAGAGCUUAAAGAUAGUUACACCACACAACAGUGAAACCUUAUAGUAAGCUAAAGAGUGUCAUUUUUAAAAAGAAGGACUUAGGUAGUUUUCACAUACAUGGCAAUGUUGAAUUUAUGAUGCCGUUUUCAGACACGGAAACGCUGAAUUUAUGAUGCCGUUUUCUUGUGCAGUACCGUUGGUUAGAUGCCAAUUUAUGUGGACUUUGCAUGUAAUAUACAGUGAGACACAGUAAUUUUACCUAAAUUACAGUGCAGUUUAGUUAAUCUCUUGUUAAUACUGACUCAGUGUCUGCCUUUAAUUAUAAAUGACAUGUUGAAAACUUAAGGAAGCAAGUGCUACAUAUAUGCAAUAUAAAAUAGUAAUGUGAUGCUCAUGCUGUUAACCAAAGGGCAGAAUAAAUAAGCAAAAUGCCAAAAGGGGUCUUAAAUGAAUGAAAAUUUAAUUUUGUUUUUAAAAUAUUGUUUAUCUUUAUUUAUUUUGUGGUAAUAUAGUAAAUUUUUUUAGAAAAUUUUCAUAACUUGAUAAAUUAUAGUUUUGUUUGUUAGAAAAGUUGCUCUUAAAAAACAUGUGUAAAUAGAUGACAACGGUGUAAAUAUUUUGUAAGAGGCUUCAAAAUGUUUAUACGUGGAAACAUACCUACAUGAAAAGCAUAAAUUGGUUGCUGUUUUGCUUCUUUUUCCCUCUUAUUUUUGUAUUGUGGUCAUUUCCUAUGCAAAUAAUGGAGCAAACAGCUGUAUAGUUGUAGAAUUUUUUGAGAGAAUGAGAUGUUUAUAUAUAUAAAUGACAAUUUUUUUUGGAAAAUAAAAAGUGCCUAAAAGA